AUGGCGGCCAUCGCCCUGCUGCUGCUGGCCGUCGUGUUGGGCGUCGUGCUUCACAAGGCCUUGAACAAACCCCCAUUCACCCGGGAGAGACCCCCACUGGUGGCCAUGCCCAUGCAGAAGAGGAGCCCCAUGGCUGUCUACCCACACAGCAACUCUGUUUUGUUUGACACUGUCCCUGACACAACAGGCUUCUCCACCAGCGUAACACUCAAGGGCUUCACCAUGAAGAUUGAGGAAGUGCUGGAGGCUAAAUGUGAGCCCUCUGAUGAGGCUCUACCUCCGCAGGGUGAGCUGGGUGUCCUCAGUGUGAACUCUCUGAGGCGCAGCGUGAGCCAGGUGAUGGACGGCAAGUCCCUCACGGGAGACGACGAAGCGUGGGACCCCAACAUUUCAGGUCAUGACAGUGGGAUGUUCAUGGAGGAUGAAGAGUUUGUGGACACCAUUAAGGGAUUCAGCACCGUGAGGAAGGAGCACACCAUGUUCACCGACACCAACCUGUGACCUCGGGACGGUCUGUGAACUUGUUGGGAUUGCGGCCAAAAUGCUCACCAGAUGAAAGUGUGUCAUUGUAGCUGGUCCAGAGUCAUGAAGGUCAACCACAGCUGAGCUGAGGACAAGUUCCACGGAGGAGGAGGAGCCAUUAUUCAUGUGGGAGUAACUGUGGUGAUCGUAAAAUGUUACCAGUCUGACAUUUGAAUAUUAAGAGACUUUUCUACAGAGUGGAUGAAAGAAGCAUCUGGGAAAACUUUUUCAUGAAAAACUGUGAUAUAAAAAUAUUGUGUGGUGAUCCAGCGUAAUUGAG